CCCCAACCCCCCGCCCCUGCUCCCUCCGGGUAUGACGUCAGAGUCGGCUGGGGUAAACUGAGCUGCGCGGCGGGGCGCUGGGGCGGAGACUGUGACCCGGAGCAGCCUGGACUGACGAAGCCCACUGCAGUGCGAGCAGUGGCGUCGGUGCGGAGGACCCAGACAGGCAUCGAAGGCGACACCGAGCCAAGCCCCGGAGCCAUGGCCCUGAGCGAGCUGGCGCUGGUCCGCUGGCUGCAGGAGAGCCGCCGCUCGCGGAAGCUCAUCCUGUUCAUCGUGUUCCUGGCACUGCUGCUGGACAACAUGCUGCUCACCGUCGUGGUCCCUAUCAUCCCAAGUUAUCUGUACAGCAUUAAGCACGAGAAGAAUGCUACAGAAAUCCAGACGGCCAGGCCAGUGCACACAGCCUCCAAUUCGGACAGCUUCCAGAGCAUCUUCUCCUAUUAUGACAACUCUACCAUGGUCACCGGGAACACUACCAGAGACCUGCAGGAGGGGCAGCUGCAUCAGACCACCACACAGCACAUGGUGACCAACAGGUCUGCUGUCCCUUCCGACUGUCCCAGCGAAGACAAAGACCUCCUGAAUGAAAACGUGCAAGUUGGUCUGUUGUUUGCCUCGAAAGCCACUGUCCAGCUCCUCACCAACCCUUUCAUAGGACUGCUGACCAACAGAAUUGGCUAUCCAAUUCCCAUAUUUGCGGGAUUCUGCAUCAUGUUUGUCUCAACAAUUAUGUUUGCCUUCUCCAGCAGCUAUGCCCUCCUGCUGGUCGCCAGGUCGCUGCAGGGGAUCGGCUCAUCCUGCUCCUCUGUGGCCGGGAUGGGCAUGCUUGCCAGUGUCUACACAGAUGAUGAAGAGAGGGGCAACGUCAUGGGAAUCGCCUUGGGAGGCCUGGCCAUGGGGGUCUUAGUGGGCCCCCCCUUUGGGAGUGUGCUCUACGAGUUUGUGGGGAAGACUGCUCCAUUCCUGGUGCUGGCUGCCUUGGUGCUCUUGGAUGGAGCUAUCCAGCUCUUUGUGCUCCAGCCGUCCCGGGUGCAGCCAGAGAGUCAGAAGGGGACACCCCUAACCACGCUGCUGAAGGACCCGUACAUCCUCAUUGCUGCAGGCUCCAUCUGCUUUGCAAACAUGGGCAUCGCCAUGCUGGAGCCAGCCCUGCCCAUCUGGAUGAUGGAGACCAUGUGUUCCCGAAAGUGGCAGCUGGGCGUUGCUUUCUUGCCAGCUAGUAUCUCUUAUCUCAUUGGAACCAAUAUUUUUGGGAUACUUGCACACAAAAUGGGGAGGUGGCUUUGUGCUCUUCUAGGAAUGAUAAUUGUUGGAGUCAGCAUUUUAUGUAUUCCAUUUGCAAAAAACAUUUAUGGACUCAUAGCUCCGAACUUUGGAGUUGGUUUUGCAAUUGGAAUGGUGGAUUCAUCAAUGAUGCCCAUCAUGGGCUACCUCGUAGACCUGCGGCAUGUGUCUGUCUAUGGGAGUGUGUACGCUAUUGCAGAUGUGGCAUUUUGUAUGGGGUACGCUAUAGGCCCUUCUGCUGGUGGUGCUAUUGCAAAGGCAAUUGGAUUUCCAUGGCUCAUGACAAUUAUCGGAAUAAUUGAUAUUCUUUUUGCUCCUCUCUGCUUUUUUCUUCGAAGUCCACCUGCCAAAGAAGAAAAAAUGGCUAUUCUCAUGGAUCACAACUGCCCUAUUAAAACAAAGAUGUACACUCAGAAUAAUAUCCAGUCAUAUCCAAUAGGUGAUGAUGAAGAAUCUGAAAGUGACUGAGAUCCUCAAAAGUCAUCCAAGUAUUUAAUUGUAUAAAACAGUGUUUCCAGUGACACGACUCAUCCAGAACUGUCUUAGUCAAACCAUCCAUUUCUGGUGAAAGAGUAAAACCAAAGGUUAUUAUUUCUUUUCCAUGGUGAUGAUCGAUUGCCAACAGCCUUAUAAAGAAAAAGAAGCUUUUCUAGGGGUUUGUAUAAAUAGUGUCGAAACUUUAUUUUAUGUAUUUGAUUUUAUUAAAUACCAUACAAUAUAUUUUGAUGAAAUAGGUAUUGUGUAAAUCUAUAAAUAUUUGAAUCCAAACCAAAUAUAAUUUUUUUAACUUACAUUAACAAACACUUGGGCAAAAAAUCUUUUUUUUUUCUGAAUAUUGGAAAUGAGUGUUUAAAAUUAAAGCACAUAUUAUCUCUGAGACUCUUUCAACAAAGAGAAACUAGAAUGAAGUGUGAAAAACAGAAUCAAGUAAGACAGCAUGUUAUAUAGUGACAAUGAAUGAGUGUUAUUUAACUUGUAGUUACUAUCAAUACAUUUAUGAGUUAAAGAGCUAGUUUUCUCAGGUGUAGAGGACAAGAACUUGUGUCAGUUAUCUUUUGGAACCAUAAAUCUUAGCUGGCGUUAGUUUUCUAUGUAAUCACCUACCUAGAAAGAGAGAGUUAUAAAUUAUGUCUACAUGUUAUGUGGUUGGCAGCAAACAUUAAAGCCAAUAAGGGAAAAAUAGUAAACGUUCUGAAAGCAGAGCAAAGCAACCAAACAUAUUGUUAUGAACUAAAAGCUGGGAAAGAGGCAUACUUGACUAUAUGAAAGAAAACUGAGGGUAUACGUACCUUAUACUGACAAGGUUGUUUAAACAUGGUAAGGUUCAUCGCCAUCUACUUCAAGUUUUAGAAAAAGAAACAACAGGCUAGUAACAGCUGCUCUGACUUGAAUAUCUGACUAUUUCUUUGAUCUGUUUGCAGAUCAUCCAAGUGUUUUCUAGGGAUCUAUUUAUUUUAAGUUGUCUGAAACAUUUUUUAGACUCGUGAAAAUUAUUCACAUCAAUGUUAAGACAAAUUUUAAAUGAAGAUUAGGAAUGAAAUUAUGUCUUUAAUCAUGUAUUAAGAAAAGAAGUAAACAUAAUAUGAUCAGGCAGAAAAGAAAAAUGAAACACCUAAAAAUGUGUUAACUAUAUUAUCUAGUGUGCAGUGUAGUUUUUCUAAGCAUGACAACAUUGAUGUGCCUUUUCAGUAUAACAGCAAAUACUGUUAGUGAACAUAGUCAAUUUAUGUUGUUUUGUAUGAGAUAUGACUGGGUGUAGUGUGAAAUGUCUCUAAUACUUGCUAAUCUUGCAGUUCUGUAAUCAUAAACAAAAAUUAGUUUUGUUAAGAUUGUGUUUGUGUUAACUUGGACAUUAAGGAGCAAAGAACUUUAGAACAAAGACUCCUCAAUCUUGUGGCUUUCUUAUUCUCUAGUAAAGUAGCUAACAUUUCCUUUGUUUCAUUGUGUUUGAAGCAAACAAGCUUCCAACUCACUUAUUUGGCAAUGGGCAACUUGGCCAAGUCUGCUACUUUGGAAGAUGGCUCUGGAGGAACUCUCAUAUGGCUAAAAAGGCAGACUAGUUUUUUACUUCUACAGGGCUAGAGCCUUAAAAAAGAACGUGCUACAAAUUGGUUCUCUUUGAGAGUUUUUGGUUCUCCCUGACCCCAAUACUGUAUACUUCAUUACGAUUUUAUUUUCACCUUUAAGGCUCUGUGUCUUUCUGUAAGAAUGCCUGGCAAAGGUAUACCUGCUAUUGAUCCCUUGGGGUAAGAUAAAAUAUAAAUAAAACCUUCAGAACUGUUUUGGGAGCAAAAGAUAUGUUGUACUUGGGGAAAACAAUUAUAAGUUCUUUUAUAUGACUAAUACACUUGGUUAGCAAGACUGAAAAGAGGUGUUUUUUAAAAUGUACGUACCAAAACAAACUACAGCUCUCUGAACAUUUAUUUUUUGAACAGAGGUGGUUUUUAUGUUUGUACCUGGUAAUACAGAUAUAAAAACCUUAAUGAGGUAGCAAUGAAUAUUCAACUGUUUGACUGCUAAGUGCAUCUGUCCAUGUUUUAGCAAGUUUACUUAAUAAAUCUUCUGAACCAUG